GGUAUUUUGUUCCUGAUGUUAUAGUGGCAGCAAUAAUUGGACUGGUGACUAGUUGGUCCAUUGGGCCUCUUUUGCCUGUUGUGAGCUACUGGUUAGCCAGGUCACCUAUAAUGCAUUUUUUGCUACACAGCAGUGUUCUCGCUCUGGCCCUUUCAUCACAAUUCUUUCCAUACAGUACUGACGCACCAAAAAGAGUUGUAUUCCAGCAUACUAUCAGGAGUGCAGGUGCCAGUCAAAUUAUGGAAACUACCUAUGAUUUUGCUGUUGUUGACUCCAAUUCUCUGCCUUUCGUUUUCAAACAUGCCCCUGAAGUGGCCAAUGCACUGCACAUUAAUACAGAAUUAUCCUUUGCUGCUGUCAAACAGUCUCACCAAGCUGAUUGGAUGGUAGCUACUUUGAAGCUUGACUAUGAUUAGCCAAACAUAUUUUCA